AUGGAGUCCGCUACCAAUGGGGCCGCGCCCAAACAAGUCUUCUUCUUCGACAUUGACAACUGUCUCUAUCCGAAGAGCGCCAAGGUCCAUGACCUGAUGGCCGAUCUGAUUGACAGAUACUUUGUCACUCAUCUCUCACUGCCCUGGGACGACGCAGUCCGGCUCCAUAAGGAGUACUACCAGAACUACGGCCUGGCUAUCGAAGGGCUAGUGCGGCACCACCAAAUCGACCCCCUCGAUUACAACGCCAAGGUCGACGAUGCCCUCCCACUCGACAAUGUCAUCAAGCCGCGCCCAGAGCUCAAGAAGCUGCUGGCCGACAUUGACCGGAGCAAAGUCCGGCUCUGGCUCUUUACGAACGCCUAUGUCAACCAUGCCAAGCGGGUGAUUCGCCUGCUCGAGAUCGAGGAAUUCUUCGAAGGCGUCACAUACUGCGACUACAGCGAAGUGCCGUUGCUCUGCAAGCCGAAACCCGAAAUGUAUCAGAAGGCGAUGCGCCAGGCGGGGGUUGAGAAGUAUGAGGAUUGCUUCUUCGUCGAUGACUCGUACCAAAAUUGCAAGAAAGCGCAAGAGCUUGGGUGGGCCGUUGCCCAUCUUGUUGAGGAGGGUGUCAAACCACCCAAGACACCGGCCUGUCAAUUCCAGAUUCGCCAUCUGGAGGAACUACGGACAGUCUUCCCGCAAUGCUUCAAGGAGACGGUAGCAGAAGCAACUUGA